UUUGGGGCCUCUUCUCUUCAGUUCUCUUCUUCACGUGCGCAAGAGCCAAGAUUGGUGUAGCACAGUGUCGACACGUGCUGUCGUUGAACUAUCAUGGCCCGUGCGCUUCCCAAACCCACCCAGGACAAGGUAAGGCGGGCGGGCGGGUACGAAGGUACCUUUAGUAUUUAAGCUGAGGUUUGGUCUGGCUGGCGGAUUCCACCCCACCCCACCACUCACUUUGUGGCUUCCCCAUGCUCGCCAGGUUAUUAUUAUUAUAUGUGAUAUACGAUAUACGGAGAUAGGGGACUGUCAACCUCUUGUUGUAUUAUGCUGGUAGGCGAAAGGAGUACGGGUUAACCAUUAUCAUAGCCUCAGCCGCCCGAACGGUUCCAUAUUCUAGGUCGUUCAUGUAUCGGUUCUAGAUGGCUUCACUUAAUGUGGACGAGGGCGAGGUUGCCGCCAUUGGCCCCGGCUCUACCUUCUUCAAGAAGUUUGACGACUAUCCCUGGACCCGCGAUCGCGCGUUCCUGCAAGGACUAGUCGCCAUGCUCGGCCCCGUGAAGACCAACGGCAACGCGGCUGACAAGGAGAGGGCCCUGGGCAUCACGCUGCAGGCCCGCAUCUGGUGGUACCAGAGCCACUUUGGCGUUUCCAUCGACCGCGCCGCGUACGAGGCGUACGAGCUUUUUAAAGCCUCGUCUUCGGGAACAGAUGCCGCCAUUAUCGCCAAAAUCGAGGACAUCCAGCAACGCAUGGGCCAGGGAGGCGCUCCUCCGCCCAGCCCUGCGCAGGCCAUGGGCAAUCUUCCCGCCUGGCAGACCCAGGCUUUCCAGAAAGUCGAUCUCGGCAAAAAGGCCGACGACGGCGUGAGUGGCAGCCGCCCCGACGGUGGCGCCCCGUAUCCUGCCCACUUUCAGGCCAUCAUUGAGGCUGUCACCACUGGUAAACCGGUUCCUGGAGUCCGUGAGAUUCCCAAUACGGUUGUUCGGCAGGAGGGAGUCUACCCUGUCGGCAAGAUGAAGCCGCCUCUGAAGCCUUGGGAGAAAGCAAAGGGGGUGACCACGCCUGUCAAGCCCAGACAGAAUGUCAUCGACCAGGAGUUUCCCCCGGUGUGAUGGCUCGGGUAGUUUUCCUGUUGAAAAAAAACCUUGAGACUGUAGCUUUUAUGAGAUAGGACAAAAAUAACGGAUACCCGGAUACUACUGAUUUUACGGAUGGGGGAGAAGAAACAAGGACAAGGCACAAAACCUAGACAUGAUUUCUUUGGUGUUUCUUUUCAGCCUUAGGGCUGUUCACAUACGCAUCAUCAUCAACAACAGGAGGAACAUGUCUUAUCGCAGCAUCGUCUAUGAGUGUUUAGUCGGCUCCAGUCUCUUGUUCAUCUCUAUCUUCUGAUGGUUGAGACGGCAUUUUAAUUAAUCGGGUACCUAAUUUACUCAUCAUCCAGGCUCAUGUGCCAUAAUAUCAAACAAAACGCUUCCUCCCAAAA